UUUUUGUCUCUCACAGAGCGGAUACACAAAGAGUAGAGUAGAGAGACAGGUACAGAGCUCCAGAAAGGUAAAGUCAAGAGGAAAACUUGUCUACAGGCAGCUGAAAAACAGAGACAGACACUAGCAAACGUAUCUGUAUCAAGGUUGGAUAUGGCCAGGUUGGAUGUCGUGGAGACCUUUCAUGGUUUAUUCUUUCCUGGACACCUGCACACCCAGGAUUCCUUACAACUUGCUCUCAAAUUUCCAUUUCAGGACACCGAUAUCAUCAUUGUCUCGUAUCCAAAGUCAGGAACCACAUGGAUGCAGGAAAUUGUGACUCUCAUAUCCAGCAGAGGGGACCCACACGUGUCCCGAAGUGUCCCAAACUGGGCAAGGGCUCCCUGGCUGGAGCAUCAUUAUUUCGCUGCGUUACUGGAGGCUUCACCCACCACACCUCGAGUCAUCACCACACACCUGCCCCAUCACCUGCUGGGCCCCACACUCCAGGGAUCCAAAGCAAAGGUCAUCUAUGUGAGCAGAAACCCUAAAGAUGUGGUGGUUUCCUUUUAUCACUUCCACAAAAUUGCCAAAUUCCUACCUGAGGCAGGCUCAUUUUCUGAGUUUUUAAAUCGAUUCCUCAAGGGCACACUGCACUACGGCUGCUGGUUUGACCACAUUGAAGGCUGGACCAGGCAGAAAGCAACUAUGAACAAUCUGCUUCACAUCUCCUAUGAAGAGAUGUCGAUGGACAUACAAGGUGCCAUAAAGAGGGUGAGCUCUUAUCUACAGAUUCCCCUGAUGGAGGACGAAGUCAACAACUGUGUGAAACACUGCAGCUUCAGCAGCAUGAAAGACAACAAGAUGGCCAACUACACUCUGGUCACCGAGGAGAUAAUGGACCAUAAGAAAGGUUUCUUCAUGAGAAAAGGUAAGAUUGGGGACUGGAAAAACAUGUUCACAGAGGAGCUGAAUCAAUAUUUCAAUAGCGUCCUUGAGUCCAAGAUGGUGGACUCCACUCUAGAGUUUACGUGGGAUGAGCAACAUGAAGAGGAGACACAUGCUAACAAAUCCCACUGAAAAACACAGAACUCUGAAAAAAAAGCUAAAUAAGGUUCGAUAUAAUGUUGAUUUGUGUGAGAUGGAUCACAAGUGGAUGGUUUUCUCUGGUUUGUAGUUUAAAUGAAUAAAAGGCCACUUGUGACAUGUAACGCUCAGUAGCCUUUAGUGCCUUGUUUGUAUGUUGCAGACUUGCUUUUAUUAAUGCACCUGUGCUUGAUGUGA